AUGACUGUCCGCACUGUAAAGGUCGCCUGCACCCAGGCCGAGCCCGCUUGGGUCGACCUCCCCGCUGCCGUCGAGAAGACAUGCAAGCUCAUCACUGAAGCCGCCUCCAACGGCGCCCAGCUCAUCGCCUUCCCGGAGUGCUGGAUUCCCGGCUACCCCUGCUGGAUUUGGUCGCGUCUCAUCGACUUCGACCUCAACGUCAAGUACAUCAAGAACUCUCUCGCUGUCGACUCCCCAGAAAUGGGCACCAUCCAGGCCUGCGCCAAGGCGAACAACAUUGCCGUGUCUCUCGGCUUCUCUGAGAACGACAACAACUCCCUCUUCAUCGCACAGGCCCUCAUUGGCCAGGACGGCGAGAUCAAGGUCCACCGCCGCAAGAUGAAGCCCACGCACAUGGAGCGCACCAUCUUCGGCGAUGCGUCCGGUCACUGCCUGAAGAGCGUCGGCGAGCUCCCGUUCGCGCGAGUUGGCUCCCUGGCCUGCUGGGAGCACAUCCAGCCGCUGCUCAAGUACAACACUAUCGCCCAAAAGGAGGAGAUCCACGUCGCAGCGUGGCCGAGCGUUACCCCGCAUGGAGGUGGCCCCGAUAUGUGGUCCAUGAGCGCUGAAGGAUGCCAAACGCUCUCGCGCACGUAUGCGAUUGAGUCAAAUGCCUUCGUGCUCCACAGCACUGCUCUGAUUACCGAGAAGGGUGUUGCGGCACAUGGCAGCGCCCAGGGUGCCAUUAUGAACAGCCCGGGAGGCGGCACGUCGGCCAUUUUUGGACCUGACGGCCGUAGGCUCACGGAGCCCGUCGAUGACACUACGGAGACGAUUCUGUACGCCGAUUUGGACAUGGACAUGAUCCACAGGACAAAGAUGUUUGCAGACUGCACGGGUCACUACAGCAGACCUGACCUUUUGAGACUGUCUGUUGACAAAGAGAUCAAGGUCGUACUUAGGCUGCACAGCGAUGCUGACAAGGAUUCAAAAUCGGAAGAGUCUGUGGUGGUGUUGUAA